AUGAACCCCUCGACUCUAUCUCACGGUCACCGUCGUCAAAUAUCAACCCCGUCGUUCGAAGCUGCACGCCAACCGAAUAUGAACGCCAUGCCACCUCGCCGGACACAUCGCCGCGGCCAGACUGUGGACUAUGGCCGAUUUGGUCCACAAGCUGUGCCCCUCGACCGUCGAAGUGCGACCAACAAGGUCACGCAGCUUCGCGACUUCUUUAACGAAAAAGCAGGUUACUCCCGCCAGGCCGCUGUUCAGCAGUUUGCGUCUGGGCAAGAUCACCAGCGCUAUGUAUCCGCUGCUCUUCCUUCAGGCCCUCCUCCCCAACCACUUGACCAAUAUCAAUCUACAUAUAUGUGGAGCCUGGAGGAGACACCGGAUAUGUAUACCGCCGCUGGUAGCCCUGUUACCUUCCCUCAAAUUGCGCCAGCCCUUACCCGGUCUGCGAGCGAUAACACCGAUCCAAAUGCUACUAUCAAGCCGGUGUCUCGCAGGAUGAGGGGUGAGCGUGUACACCAGGUACAGGGUCGAGAGCAAAACAAUUGGGAAGCUCUCUCUCAGCAGGCCCAAUCACUUCAGCCGCUCUCCAUACAAUCGGAGAAUAUCUCACCUAAGAUGAAUCCUUAUCUUUCAUGUAUGACUGCACGAAUCACUACUGCCCAGGUGUAA